AUGAUCCGCAUUGUAGGCGCGCAAAAGGUCAUCGUCGUUCAUAGGGGCGCGCUGCCCAGUAUGGUAAAUUGGUUGUUCAUCAUGCAAAUCGAGAACCUCUUUGUAACGUUUAGGGAUGAGCGAUGUAACGUGAGUGCCGCUCGAUUUCUUCAACGUUUAGCCAAUUCCUUGCGUAAAUCGUGGACUGGGAAUUUGGAAUUUAUCAUGCGGCCUCGUGUUCGUGAAAUGUGCAUUAAGCUCAGGGUCAACGAGAGGGAUUUUCCAAUUCGUAUUUGA